AUGGGGUCUAUACCUCAUGCAACACUGUCUUACAGCAUCAACUCAUCUGUCACACAUAAGCACCUUUCCGCGUCGCCGUCAUUGUCAAAGAAUAAUGGUACUGACACACCCAACUCCGAAAUCUCCACAAUCAGCACCGGCUCGCUGCUCGCCAGCACCAACAGUUCACAAGACUCGUUAGCAAGGGAAACAACAUCCACAAAACCUGCACCGCAGCAGCAGCAGCAGCAGCAGCAGCAGCAGCAGCUCAACUUCUCCGCCCUAAGGGAGAUAUUCUCGACUAGGACCAAUGGACAAACGUCUGAUCCCGCCCAACAGCCACAAUCGCCUCUGUGGUACAUCCUGACGACAGCGGUGCUCUUGUCGUACCAUAAGGAAAAGCUCAUCGGCGAAUUGUGGACGUAUGUGACGAGCGGCUUGCGAGAUGAUGACGAUGAAGAGCGAAUGUCGGUGGCUAGGCGUAUCAGAGAGGCGUGCCUCAAGUCGAGUACCCUCGUGGGAUUUCCUAGAGCAAUCAACGCGCUCUUCUCCCUCAAAUCCGCCAUCGACUCCUCAAACCACUCGCAGCUCUCAUCGAUUUUAGCGACCGACCGCUCUCUGCGCUCCCCGCUCUCAUCCACCGAGAAAUACGAGCGAGGUCUGUCUUUUUUCCAGGACAUCUACCGUCAGCAUACUGCACGCGUUAUCUCCGCAAUGGACGCUACGUCAGGUGGCGACCUCACGCAUUUCGCGAUCAAUUGCAUCUACGGUGAGCUGCUGUCUGAGCACAGCGUUAUUGGUGGACUAGAGACGGGGUUGCUCGAGUUUGUUUGUUGUUUGGCGGACGGGUGUAGUCCGCAGGCCAAGGGGUGA